AAUCAUAUGGCGCUCUUGUCAAGUGUCAAGGAUGUUGUGAAUUAUCGUAGCUUUCUCGGAUUAUUCUUAUGACAUGUACUAGUGGUUCUGUGAUAUUUGUCAUAAAACAAGAUAUUUUGUUCACUUGUUAUUAGGACACUCUCUAUUCCUGUUAUCGUUCCACAUAAAACAGUUCUUGGUAUCAUUAAUACUCUUAUUUGUAUAGGACAGUUUCAAGCAGUUCCUCUCUAUGUAAAUGAACUUUGUUUGCCGGAAUCAAAGCUCAUUGGUAAUGAUAGUGAGGAUUUAGCAGCUUCAUUUCACGUAAGAUUCCCAAACUACUAAACAAUGAGUAUCUCUCAUUCGUCAUCACCCAAUUUUGAGGAAAAGCCUCACUUCAAAAUUACCGAUCGACAGCAAUCAGCACCUGGUGUGGAAUACCUACAGGGAAAUAAUAAUUGUUUUGAAGAGGAAGAAGAAUGGCAGUCGAAGUUGGAUGUUUGGCGUGAAAAACGUCGUCAAGCCUUACUCACUGAGGCAACAAAAUUUGCCUUACUUCAAGAGCGUGAGAGUAGGGAGAACGAAAGACGUAAGGAAGAAGUAAAAGAUCGCCUUCGUAAAGCCAAAAGCCAACGUAAUCUAAUUUCCAGUGGACAUGUUUCUUCCUUAGAUUUAGCUCCACCACCAAAAAUAAAUAGUCCUGGCGUCGCAUUACUAACAGGUAGCGAUUUUGAUCCGCUCACUUUCGGUCAUUUUGAAAAAAAUCAAAUGGAUACAGUCUCACCAUCACAAUCGGUUUCUUCAAAUAAAUUUCAGUACACAGAUAGUUCAGAUCUUUAUAAGUCAAAUGACUCCGAGACUAAUUUGAAGGCCUACUCCGAUUGUUCUUCACCUGUGUCUGAACUGAAAACUGAAGUUCAGAGUAAUAUUACGGACAAAAUAAUGGAUAUUUCUUCUCCAAACAAAAAUUCUGUCGAAAAACAUGCCAAAUAUAAUCGAAUCGAAGUCAUUCGUGAUCUCAUUUCUAAACCAAAUAAUUGCAACGUUGAAGUCACCCCGGAAACCAAACUGCCUUUUGAUGCGAGUCUUGAAAAUAAUGACUAUUCAGAAUGCAAAUUACGUUUGUCAUCAAGACCUGGAGUAUCAGAGGUUCAUUGGGGACUAACAAUAAAAGCACGAGGUCCUUCAAAUACUUCCCCUUUUGUUGUUGAACGCGUUAAAAUUGGUAGUUCGGCAGAUAUCUGUGAAUUUCAAAAAGGUGACAUAUUGGCUUCUAUUGAUGGCAUAAACCUGGGUACUAAUCGGAAGAAUACUGACAAAAACACCAGUCAAGUUACAAACUUAGAGGAUCUAGAAAACUUGAUGGCUCGGUUAGUUUUGGCCAACAAACCGAUUACUGUUCAGGUCUUCAGAAAAAUGGAUGAAUUUGAUGAACUGAACGAUGGCGAAUCGGAUACAGGUGGAGAUUUUUCUGUCGAAUCAGCAGCCGUGAAAUCCAAACACACACCAAGUAACAUUAGUGAUUCCGAUAGUGAAUGCCAUGAGUUACUUGUUUCUCCUGUUGUCAAGGUUUCUCACAAAACAUCUCCUGUUGGUAGCCCAGUUUUACAAAGAUCUAUCACAAUUACACAUUCACGUCAUAGGUCACCUUCCCGAAGCUCAAUUCAAAUUUCUGAUGACGAAGUUAACAAUUCAUCUGUGUCAUCUAACUCCGAAGUAAAAGAAUACAAUUGUCUAAAAGGGAACUUUAAUAUUUCGUCCAAAUCAAUUGGUUUAAUUUCUAAGAAUGAGAUUUCUCCAUUAUUUAAAUCAAAUCAAGAUAAGUCUAAAGAUGAAAUUUCAAAUCCUGCGGAAUUUGAUAUAUCAUCAAAUACACCAACUCCAUCGGAUUCAGCAAAUUGCAACAGUACUUUAUAUCAUAAACAAAAUGUAGAAGUAACUUUAACGGAACCUGUUUCUUUCUCAUUGGUAACUGCAUCCACACUAUCUCCAAGCAUUCAAAUGACCCAUCAAAUACAGCCAACUGUUUCUGUUUUGGAGGAUAUUAAGCCUACUGGUUUUAUACAUAAGAAAAUAACUCGUCCAGAACACUUUGCUGUGAACAGAUCACUUGGACAAGAGGUAACAUAUGUUUCAAAAAUUGUUGGAGAUUCCCCCACAUCAACACCUACAUUUCUAGGUGAAACGACUUCGCAUCUUUCGUCGUUACCCAAAACAAGACAUGUAUCAAAGCAGAGAACAUUCCAUAUUCAUCCCAAACUGCCUGAAACAUGGGAUGAUAUUCCCUCUCAUAUAUCUGGUAUUCGAGGUUCGUUUCCCGCAAACUAUAAACAGAAUUCAGUGUUCAAUGUUCCUCCACAAUCUUACCCUCUAUAUACUACAGAUUUGUGUAAAUCAAAACAACUAGAUUCCUUCCGACCCCAUGUCCCUCCACGGCCUAUUCCUAAAGUAACUCGUGCUGCACCCCAGUUUAGUGGAUUCACUACGACUGUUGAAUCUGAAUCACGUCCAUCCAUCUUCAGUUCAAGUAACCAAACGAUUCCAGUUAAGUCCGAUUCAUUUUCCGAUACAACAAAAAGCAAGUCCCUACGUGUCUCAGAAUCCGAUAUUUAUGUCAACACUUCGAACAUUCGUUCUUCACCACAACCUGAUGCAUUGAUACUGAUGACUAAAAUGAAACAGCUACCUCAAGGUUCACUGAAUGGUGAUGAUAAACAAAGCAUCACCGAAGAUUUUGUUAAUGACCACGGUUUUGAAAGAUCAUCUGUUAAAUAUGCUUUGAGGUCUUCUGAUGAAACUGAGAAAUUUCCACUGCCAGCACAUCAAAUUUGCGAAAAUUCGGAGGUUGAAGUACCACCAAUUCCCCCUCGGACGCCACGCGUGCGAAUAAUCGAUAUUAAUCAAUUAUGCGCGGCGUGUAAUUCCAAACUAGAUUCUGAGGACUCAAUGGUUAUUGAAUCCUUAAAUCUAUACUAUCAUUUACCAUGUUUUGUAUGUGCAAGAUGUGGAAUUGCGUUAGGCGAUGGUCUAUCAGACGUGGAAGUUCGUGUUCGACGUAACUUGCUUUACUGUUCACAUUGUCAUUCCAAGACUCUCACUGUAUCGAAUUAUAACAAGAAUGAAUGUCAUCCAACGAUGCAAAGUGUGCAACCUAGUUCUCAACCACUAAAACCCACUGAUAAACGACACCGAAACGGUUCAGAACAGCAGUUAUCAUCUAAUUUAAAUAAAGUAAGACUAGAUAACAUUGAUUAAAAUUUAAAUGACAUUAUUAUUCACCGAACCUACAAUACGACUGUUAUAUAAGUUCUAAACUUUAGGCAUUAUUAAAGCAUAUUCACAUAAGAGCAGCUUAUUUUGGAUAUCAUGACCGUAAACUAACCGAUAAGAAGAAACCCAAGUCGCUGGAAGUUGGUUAGACUUAUUAGGAUAGCUGGAAUUCCAUUGUCUAUAUUAAGAAAAUACACACAUUCACUAUGUACUGGGUAUACGAAAAUUGCAAGUAAGAUUUUAGGAACAUAUUAUUCAGUAUACUAGUCACAGGGACAAAUGACUUGUUAAGUUAUUCAGACGUUUCAAAAGAAGCUUACGUUGGAGACAAAUUUUUAACUGAUAAAUUAUAACAGCUACCAACGCUGCAUCAAAACCUUACGUUUCCCUGGUUAUCAGACCAAUUUUCGGAAUUUCACUGAAUGAUGCACGGUUAACACUAUAAGUGUUACUUCUAACCUUUGUAAGUCUUUAGGUGUAAAUAUCAGAGGAGUCUAUUUAUAAUGUAAAUUCUAUCCCCUCUCACUUAAUUUGCGAUAUUAUCCGCUCGAUAUCGAUUUGCGAAAAGAAAAACGGUCGCAGUAACAUCAGACAGAAUAUUAAUCAUUGAGUAGUGAUCAAUUGCAUAUUUAUUUUGUUCCUUAGUCCUGGUCGAAUUAUAUCGAUCAAGUUGCAAUACAGCCACUAGUUUAAGCCCUUCAAAUGACUCAACGGUAAGGUCUCAAGUUGUAGAACUAGGUGACGCGGGUUUGAAUCCCGCAAGGAGCACCAGUUCCCUUGAGUACGAGCGCAAACUAAUUUCGGGGUUUCCUGUCGACUACCUACAACCCCUUGACUUCAGAACAUUGAACUGACUCGUAAAAGAGUUUAAACAUAGUACGCUAGUUUAAACCAUAUUUUAACCAUCACCCUUUAAAAUCCACAAGUUUUACACGAAUUAUACGGGAAAAAUACUUGACUAGUCGUCAGCUUUCAUCUAAAUGUAAACUAUUUUAGAUUGAAACCCUGUGGUUAUAAAAACAAGUUUUCUUAGCAAUUUAUAAAUUUUCAGUUGAUUUUCAUAAGAAUAACUUUUUUGUUGAUUUUGGAGCGAUUCGACUGCCUCAUUCCAAGAAAUGAAUGUAACCUUACUGCCAAAACACAAAUUAGUUGACUUUCGUAAAUUUCAACACAACAGUGUUAUUCCUGCACUGAUUUACAUACAAGAAAUUAAUGGAAGAUAAACACAAUAAUAUCAUGAAGUUAAAAUCUCUAUUUAUUUAUUUCAGCAUCACGUUCUGUAAACUACCUUCGUUUUUCCUUUGUUUUAAUCAAAAGAACACAAUUUCUCAAUAUUGUGCACUAUGACUGACGAUUCGAGCUUAAUAACUGUGAUUUCGACGAGUUCAAACCGAAAAUUUAGAUCACCAACAGGCUUCGUAAGAUGAUUCCUACUUAAUCAUAAAUUUGAGCUAUAACAUGCACUUUUAUCUUUCAUAAAAACUGAAGCUACAAUUUUGUACGCAUAAUUUUAUUUUGCUUGGCGAUGUCCUCUUAUUUUGCUACUAUUACUUUCACAAUUGAUUCGUUAGUUCUCCUCUAAAAUAUCAUUUAUAUAUUAUC